ACACAAGCUUGAAAAGCUUAUAAUACGUUUGGCUAUUUACCAGAUUACCCACUUAUAAUCCAAACAAAAACUCAAAUCCAAACUCGCUAAAAAAUUCGAACCCCGCAGAGGCGCAGACUAUAAAUAUGAUCACAGAUGCUCUCCAACUCCUCUCUCUCCCCAAUCACAAAUCACCAUAUCUAGACUACUUCUCGCCUGAGAUUCUUAAUCUCUCAUCUUCCUCAAGAUUUCAUUUCAGAUAUGAAGAGCCCCCAGACUUGUUCUUCUUGCAGACACAACAGAAUCAAAUGCGACCCAGAUUGUUGGCUGGCCCCGUACUUCCCUGCCCAUGUGCACCAGAAAUACAAGAAAGCCCAGCAGGUGUUCGGCAAAAGUUACAUGACCAAGUUGCUCAAGAGCCUCCACCAGACCCCUCACAAAAGAAGCACUGCCAUGAAGAACAUCAGAGCCGAAGCCGAUAUCCGCAGCGCCGACCCGGUCGGCGGUUGUUAUGGUGUUGUGAAGGAGCAAUGUGCUGUUAUAAGGAGACUGGAGAGGGAGAUUGCAGAGCAAGAGGAGGAGCUCCGCCGCUUGCUCAGUCAACUUGGUGGUGGAGGAGGAGGAGGGUCUGUUAAUGUGGCUAUGGCACAACCACCUUUGGCCACCGCCAUGUAUCAAGAACAGGGCUACAACACUUUUCAGCAGAAUCUUGAAGAACAGAAUUACAAUGCAAGUCAAGGAUAUGAUCAAGAACAGGGCAACUUUGCUCAAGGAUUUCCUCAUGUUCAUCAAGAAGAGGGCAACAUUGUUCUAGGAUAUCGAAUUCGACAAGAACAGACUAACAUUGAUGCUCAAAGUCAAGGAUAUGUUCAGGCACCCACUCAUCAUCAACAGCUUCUUCCAGAGCCUAAUCAAGAACAGGGCGACAUUUUUGAUUUCAGGGAUGAAGUUGUUGUACUUGUGCCAGAACAUGAUGGUCUCGAGCCUCAACCCUCGACCCAAUUCAGGUGAGCACAAGUGCAGUGACAUAAUAGGCAGGCUUCACAGUUCAUAUCAAUUUGCAAAUGGUAAGAAUAGAUAGAUGAGGUCUCAUUUGGCCGCUGUUUGUUUGAAUGUCAUAUAACCUAGCUUUCUGCGCAUCAGAUAGAGUACAAGACAAAAAGAAUCAAGUCUAGAUGGUGCAGGCAACUUCUUAGAUUCAUAGUUGAGUUGUAAAGAACCAAUAUCAAGGUUGUGACUGUCCUUCCUGGUUCCAGUUAUGUAGUAUAGGUGAGUGUUGAGUUGUAAAGAACCAAUAUCAAGGUUGUGACUGUCCUUCCUGAUUCCAGUUAUGUAGUAUAGAUGAGUGUUGAGUUGUAAAGAACCAAUAUCAAGCUUGUAACUAUCCUUCCUGAUUCCAAUUAUGUAGCAUAAGUGAGUGGUAAAGAUAUGCAUUCUUUCUUAAAAAGCAAUGUAGAAACUGUAUGAUCUCUAGAGAAUAUAUUCUUUCAA